GCGUGAACGCGCCCUCCUCCCCGCCCACAACAACAACAACAUCAGCUGAUCAAGAGCCGCUGCUGCUUUCUUUCCUCCCUUGUCCCCUCCUGCCAGACGCUGCCGGAGGUCUUCCCCAGCUGGGUCUUGCCUCCCUGGGCAACUGUAUGAGAUUUUGCUGACCUCCGUCAGGUGUCCGGACUCCCGGCGGUGGUCUUCGGCGUGGAUUCCCAUACGGGUCGUCAUCGGGUAUCAUCUCUGCGGGUCCACUGGUGCGGGUCCGCUGUGGUACUCAGGUUCCUCGGGUCGGUCGGGCUCUCGUCAAUGGGUUCCGUCUUAUGGCGAGAUUAAUGGUAGUGUGGUGGCUAAUGAGGCAACAGGGAUAGCGCCGGUCUAGGGCAUUACGCAGGUGUCUCUGGAGCUCACGGGAACUCCUGCAGCAGCUUCAGGGGAACCUGUCAGGCCGGCUGGGAGGUGGAGUUGGCACCAGCUCUUCGGUCAUCAUCUCUGACGAUUCUCCUGGAGGACACCUCCCGGCGUCCAUGGGCCAAACUCCUGGACGCGGCCCUCACUCACCUCUGGAUGGGCCACUCAUGCCUGGCUGCACAUCUCCAUUGCUUCCAGUGGAUUCCCUCUUGUGCCAAUAGUGGCAGAACUACACCAGUACUCCACCUCAGGCUGCAAAUUGCCCGCCUCACGGUUCCCAUUAUCCUCGACGGGGCAGGAGGAAGAGAUGAAGGCGUCUGUCAAGACAUUUUUCGACAUACCUGCCAGUUCAUUGGCUAUGUACAUGGCCUGAAGAGGCUGUAGGGAUCCCAUUCCUUUUCAUCAUUUCCUGGUGUCAGGCUGCCAGGGCACGUCCAAUCUCUCAAUUGUCGUUGCCCUCUCAGUCAAUAACAACAGUUGAGCAGUUGAGCAAGGCAUUCCCUGCCAGAAUGUUCUGUUGAUUUGCCCUAACAGUCCUGUUAUGAAGGAAGAAGAGCAGGUCGUCGUCACCACACACUCAACAACAGGAGGUCGGUGUGGCUGCCACUGCUCUCACAAGUCAACAGUUUGCCUGAUAAUGGCUUGACAGUUACAUUUGUUAUGCAUUACAUAACACUAAUAAAGCAACACUUUCAUCAAUGAUUACACCACAAGGAGAACUUUCAUAACCUCAUAUUCAUGUUAUUUUAGCAUUAAUUGAGUUAUCAAAAUGUUGAGCACUCUGACCAUUGCUAUAGCUCAAGGUAUCAAAAAAAGGAAGGUGCUGACUAUUGAUGAAAAGUUAAAUGUUAUUGAGAAAACCAAGGAGCCCGGUGCCACCUUUCGCACCGUGGCGCGGGAAUUUGGCAUAGGCAUAAGCACUGUUUUUGGCAUCAAUAAACAAAAGGAAGCCUUGUUUAAAUUUGCUGCUGAGAGGGACAUUAAUGGUGCUAAAGCUUCAAACAGAAAAACUCUUAAGCCUGCUAAAUAUAAGAAUGUGGAUGAGGCAGUUUUCAAGUGGUUUUCUGAGCGGCGUGCACAAGGUCUCAUGGUCAGCGGAGAUCAGAUUAUUGUCGCUGCAGAAAAGCUUGCAGAUUCCUUGGGCGUUUCUGAAUUUAAAUGUAGCGCGGGCUGGCUCCAAAGAUUUAAGGAUCGGCAUUGUAUAUAUUUUAGAAGGGUCCCCGGUCAAACAGGUUAUUGUUGUAAUACAGAGAGCAUACCUGUACAACCAUGUAAGAGAAAACUAGAUAAUAUUAUGGAGCCGGAAGUGUUGAAAAAAUGCACAGUUGGCAAAGAUGGAUUGAAAACCUCUCUGGAAACUACACAACCAAUCACAGAAUGUCAGAAGGCAGUGAAGUCGGGAGUAACGUGUGGUGACCGUGUUAGUAAGCCUAAUGUAUCCGAAGCCGAGGGUAGGAACAUGGGAGCUGAUGUUAGUGAAGACUCUGAGAUCUGCAUAGACAAUGACUUGAUUGAAGUAAAAGAUGAGCCAUUAGAACAUGAAGAGUGUGCAGCUAAAGAUGUACGAGCAGGAGAAAAGGGCAAGAUGAAAGCCCCAUCUCCUCGAGACAAUGAGGGAGAGCGCAAAACAAAAGGCAAAGACUGGCCCUGCAUUAACAGUGACUCUGUGGACAUGUUGCACAAAAUGUCCAGCUGUGGCCAGAUGAGAAGUCGUCAAGUUCAGGUUGACAAGUCGACCAUUCGUACCUCCAAAAAAGAGAGAGAUAUAAGACAAGCCACAACAGUGAAAACUUUAUCCAGUGAUGAGAAGUCCCUCGGGGGUGAAUGCUUCAGGGAGAUGGAGAGAGCUCUGUACCUUUGGAUAAAGGAUCAACAGAAGAAAAACAUUCCUGUCAAUGGUACUAUUAUCUGCAAGAAGGCCACUAAGAUACAGGCAGGCAUAGACAAGAAGAUGGGGGCCUCUGGCACAUCAUUCUAUGCUUCAUAUGGUUGGCUGAGCAGCUUUAAGAAACGUCAUGGACUACAUAUUGUGACGCAGGAGAUAAGUGCCGACACUGGCAGUGCCGAAGCACCAUCUCGCCCUAACCAUACAUACACAUUGUUUCACCCUAUCACUAACCUCACUAGUACUCCAUCCACUUAUUACCCUACUACAAGCCAUACUAGCACAUCAUCUCACCCUGCCACUAAACACACUGGUCUAUUGUCUUGCCCAAUCAAAAACCAUAUUGGUUCAUCGUCUCACCCUGCUGCUAACCAUGUUGGUUCAUCGUCUCACCCUGCUGCUAACCAUAUUGGUUCAUCAUCUCUCCCUGCUGCUAACCAUAUUGGUUCAUCAUCUCUCCCUGCCACUAACCAUAUUGGUUCAUCAUCUCUCCCUGCUGGUAACCAUAUUGGUUCAUCGUCUCUCCCUGCCGCUAACCAUAUUGGUUCAUCAUCUCUCCCUGCUGCUAACCAUAUUGGUUCAUCGUCUCUCCCUGCCGCUAACCAUAUUGGUUCAUCAUCUCUCCCUGCCGCUAACCAUAUUGGUUCAUCUCCUCUCCCUGCCGCUAACCAUAUUGGUUCAUCAUCUCUCCCUGCCGCUAACCAUAUUGGUUCAUCAUCUCUCCCUGCCGCUAACCAUAUUGGUUCAUCUCCUCUCCCUGCCGCUAACCAUAUUGGUUCAUCAUCUCUCCCUGCUGCUAACCAUAUUGGUUCAUCAUCUCUCCCUGCCGCUAACCAUAUUGGUUCAUCGUCUCUCCCUGCCGCUAACCAUAUUGGUUCAUCGUCUCUCCCUGCUGCUAACCAUAUUGGUUCAUCGUCUCUCCCUGCUGCUAACCAUAAUGAUUCAUCAUCUCUCAGCACUGCUGCUGGUUCACCAUCUUGCCUUGCUGGUAACUAUACCAGUUCAUCAGCUCGCCCUGCUCUUAACCAUACUGGUUCAUCAUCUCGCACUCCUGUUGACCAUAAUGCUACAGUAUUGUACGCUGCUGAGUUUGCAGCAAUCAUCAAGGAGGAAGGCUAUUCUCCUGAGCAGGUGUUUAACGCAGGUGAAACUGGCCUCUUCUGGAAGCGUCUGCCCAGUAAGACCUUCUUGAUGGAGGAGGAAAAAGCAACUUUGGGUUUCAAGGCUUCUAAGGACCGUCUGUCUUUGCUAUUCUGCUCAAAUGCUGCCGGGGACUUCAAGCUUCCUCCUGUCCUGGUAUACCGGUCCCAUCGUCCUCGUGCGCUCAAGAAUGUCACCCGUCUGCCUGUGGUAUGGCGAGCUAACAACAAAGCUUGGGUGACCUCAACAAUAUUUGCCGACUGGUACCAGCAUAACUUCAUUCCUGCCGUGGACAAGUACCUGAGGUCUAAAAAUCUACCAAGCAAAGCCAUCUUGUUUGUUGACAGUGCUCCCAGUCACCCUCAAGCCCUGAGGGGCACUGCUGACAGCGACGGAUACCGCCUCGAGUUCUUUCCUCCUAACACCAGCUCUCUGCUGCAGCCGCUCGAACAAGGAGUGAUAGCGCAGAUCAAGAAACUGUACACUAGGCAAGUUCUCUGGGAGAUGUUUCUCUACACUGAAGGCAAGGGCAAAAGUAGAGAAAAAGUGGUUGAAUUUUGGAAAAAGUUUAAUAUGAGAAAUGCAGUUUCCAUCAUCACUGACAUAUGGGAGAACGUUGAUCCCACUUGCCUUAAGGAUGCAUGGGAGAACCUUUGGCCUGAAAUCAUGCCUGACUUUCUUGGUUUUCCUGACACGCAGGUAGAGGUACGCAGCAUUGUGGAGAUUGCCAACAGCAUCCCUGGACAAGGGUUUGGUGACCUGGUGGCCGAGGACAUCGUGAAGCAUCUGGAGAGUCAUCACAACAUUAUGACACCAGAAGACGUCCUUGAGCUGACCACUGUAGAAGCCGAUGAGGGACAGGAUGAUGAUUCUGAAGAUAAUUCCAUUACACAGAUACCAUUAUCGUCAAUGAGGCAGUUUGUUGACUAUAUGAUCUCCAGUGUUGAAAUUGCUGACAGUGACCCCAAUUUUAAGCGAGCUUCAGAAGCCAUCCGUCUCUUAAGAAAAGUCUGUGAAAUUUACAUCAGGCCCAUCAGUGCUUGUUCCCACAAUAAAAAUUUACAGGCUUCUUUAAGACAGUCUAGUUAAGGGCAUUUUUUAUUCUGUAAAUAAAAGUUUUUUAUAAGUAUUUUGCUAUAAAACAUAAUUCUUUUAUUUUGUAAUGCAGUUUAUUACAAUAAAAUUAAACAAAUUCUU